CACUUGCCUGUUAAUCUUUCAUAAUAUAGCACUGGUUCGGUUCUACAUAGACUCUUCUGCUCUGGGUAUAUACUACAGCAUAUCAAAUCAGCGUUAAGCUUUGCCAUUGAGACAACGUGCCACUACACAGUUCAUUACACGCGGCAGUCUUUGUUGUCGAAGAGGGCUGUUUACACAUCAUACGAGAAGUCGGAGAGAGACACGAUAAAAAAAAAGUCGAUUAUGCCAGGCAAACGUAAAAGAUCGAAUAAUGGCAAGAGUGAUUUAACUGAUUCAAAAGCAAAAAAUCAGGCAAUAACAGCAACUCUCGCUAAGCAGUUAAGAUCAGUCAAUGUCCAUUCAGAAAAAAUAAACAUUGUUGAACAAACGAUUCCAGACGUGCAAACAAACAGUAUCAAAAAGAGGCCGGCAGGAUCACCGAGCCCGAUGAGCGCGAUCGCCGCACGUAAAGCAGCAGCAGUAGCUUCAUUGUCUUCUACCUCCUCCUCUUCUACAGCAACACCAACGACAGACAUAGUCGAAAAAACAGACACUACCGCCACCGUUACCACAACUACAACACAAGUUAUUCGUAACGCGAUUACACCGCCGGAAGCUGCGCCUGAUCGCGAAUCUACUUCAACCUCCUUGAACUCGUCAAAAGGCCACAAACAACAACUACCCAGCAGUACAAGUCCUAUCAAUGAUGAAUCAUCGUUUGCUUACAAACCAUUUCGCAGAAGAGAUCCUAGAAUUGCAUUGACAGACAGCAACCUUGUGUCCGCUUUUACACCUUCAGAAGCCAACAUGCGAAAAUUCACUUUAAAGAACGUCGACGAAACAUGCUUAAUGGUCGGCCUUCAAAAGAAUGAGAAAAUUGUAUUUGCCGGCAAAGCGUUGCUGGCACCAUUAUCAGGUGCUGUAUCUAUCUUGGGCUUUACUUUACAACCUUCCUCGACAGAUCACAUUGGCUUUUAUCCUGCAUUUUCGCCCAAAACGCACUCAUUGCUCGACAUUCGACCCGUGGACGGAAGCAAUGUUGUCCAACGAAAGUCAACGCUCUGCGUGCCAAUGGACGACGCAGUUAAAACUGCGCUGGAAGACAUGGAUGCUCAGACAUUCGAAAGUGUAUUUCUCGUCAUGGACAUGCUAUGGUGCGGUUUGGACGAUAUCGAAGAUUUGGCCGAAGUACCACGGGGUAUCUUUGAGCUACGGAUGAAUAGCGAACAUCCGACAAUGACGGCUUUGGAUAGUAUACCCGGCUUUCAACCCCUUUUUUCAAUAGUUCCCGACGUAAAAGCCAUGGUUAUACCACCUGUCUGGGAAACUUGUUUACAUAAAGCAUUAGAAAGUGAACAAGAACGGCGAACACCGUUCGUAGGCAUCACUUGCGGUAGCAAAGAUAUGGGCAAAUCCACAUUCACUCGAUAUCUAACAAACUCAUUGCUGAACAAGCACAAAAAGGUCGCGUAUUUGGAAACGGAUGUCGGACAAAGCGAGUUCACGCCAUCAGGGAUGGUGUCACUACAUAUAAUCGAAUCACCUGUCUUGGGACCACCUUAUACACACCAGCAUAUUCCGCCCGUUCACAGCCACUAUAUCGGUGCCUUGUCGCCGGCCAUUAAUCCAAGUCAUUAUUUGGAUUCAAUCGGCCACCUUUUACACCUAUACAAAACAGAAUACGACAACCAGAUCGAUGUCGAUAAUGCCGAUCUCGUUCCACUUAUCAUCAACACACAAGGAUGGAUUGGCGGCCUUGGAUACGAUCUGUUAAUAAGCAUUAUUAAACAGGCCGCACCAACAGACGUAUUUGUCAUGCAUAGUUCGCAAAUGGAUGCUUCAAGGAACUUGCCUCCGACCUUCACGGUUGCUAUUUCACCUCCUCCUGAGCAAGGGCCGUCGCCAUCCAUGCAUUAUUUAGAAUGCGCGGUUAAUCCACUGGCGCCCAAGUUUUCUGCGCAGAGUUCUCGAGAGCUCGCCUUGAUCUCGUAUUUACAUCAAGACUUACAUAACGUUGGACAUAUUGGGCAACCGUGGUGGAAUUUUCAGGCAAGAAUUGUCGAUAAACUCCCGUGGGUUCUUGAUUGGCGAAAGGGUCUACUGGACGGUGUCUGGUUCUUGACCGAAGAUGUUCCUCAGAGCCAAAUGUUGUACGCAUUGAACGGGACGCUCGUUGCUCUGGUUGGAUCAUCCCUAGACGAACAACGAUCCCGGCAACAGUCCAAUGCACCUGAAUCCACAAACGACCAGAUCAUCCCUCCUAUUUAUUUUCGUCCUUCAGAAAACCCUCCACCUGCACCCGGCAGCACUCAAUGCUAUGGUUUAGCUGUGAUACGAGCAAUUGAUCCAGCCAACCAUGCAUUCCAUAUUGUUACGCCUUUACCACUUGCCACGCUGAAGAAAGUAACGGCAAUCGUAAAAGGAAACAUUGCAUUACCUGUCUCCACUCUACUGGAUCAACACAACGGCAAUGGCAAUGGAAUCGCUCGGCAACCUUGGAACAAGGUACCUUAUCUGGAAAGAAGCAUUGGUGUAAAUGGUAUUGGUGCUAUCGCGACGAAAAAACGACGGAUCAAGAUACGAAAGUGAUAUAGAUCACAUGUAUUUCAAGGAUGAAUUUGAAACAAAAAAAACGACUUGCGCGUGUAAUAAUAAAGAAGAUGA